AAAUGCACAAAAAAAAUGCUUUUAUGGCAAACCAACAUAUUCCCAAGAGAAAAACUCCCAGUUCUAGUGACUCUUGUGAUGAAAAAUGGAUUCUUAAACUUGAAGCCUGUCAAGACCAUGGCGUCUACUACAAGGCCAGUCUUAUCAAAAAACAGAAAACAAUAAAGAACAUCCCAGAAAUGUCAAGCAAAAUAAGAUGUACAGAAAAGGCAUCCCAUUGUUCUGGAGAGGAAAACUGUGAUCGGAAUCUCAAAGACAUUACCAACAAUGUCACAUGCAAAUCUCACGCUUGUCAUGAAACUGUUACAAGUCAAGCUGAUGAGAUUCUGUGUAGUGAGCGUACAACGUCUAGGAAAGAAGAGCGCAGCAAAAUGAACGAAGAGCGAUGCAACAUGGAUAAAGAGUGCAGCAGCGAGUACAAUUUAAGAAGCAAAAAAAGAAUAGUAUACACGGAACUGAAUGACCUACGGGAUGAUGACUUCCUGUUUUGUGAAGACUGUCAGAAUUUUUUCCUCGAUGAAUGUAAAAAACACGGCGCACCAGUUUUCGUUCCUGACUCCAUCGUUAACAUGGGAACAGAGCACCGAGCUGAACUUACACUUCCACCUUCACUUUGUAUCAGAAUUUCUGGGAUUCCAUGUGCUGGUUCAGGAGUUUGGAAUGAAGGGGGGAUUAUCCCGAAAGGAAUACAUUUUGGACCUUUUGAAGGAAUUCCAACUGAUGAAGAAACAGCGUCAACUAGUGGCUACGCCUGGAGGAUACUAGACAGUCAGAUCAACAGAAUCUAUAAAGAAGCUUCCACUAAUCAUAGCAGCAAAGGGGCAAAAAUGUUAGGUGCCAGCAGCACUGGCAGCCUGUAA